GGGGCCACGUUGGCUGCGACUAGCGCCCGUACCGCCGAGCCGGCUGUUGGACUCGCGUCUCGCUCCAGCUGCGCCCGGCUCGCCGACGUCCUGUCAUCGCGACAGGGAGCUCCAGCACCGGCGUCCCCGCAGCCGCGGCCUCUGCACUUCGGCCGCCGAAAGAUCGGCACACGUUCUCGUCCACAUUUCACCGGUCGUCCAGAGAGGGAGCCACUUUUGCCGCCCGACUUCCCCGCAGAUACGCUGUCUCGGUGGCCUUGGGCCUCCCGACCCUUGGCCGUGGCGGAGCUGGCGCCGACCGGCGGCAUGACGCGCGUGGGCAACCAGACCAACAGCACGGACCCGGCAGCGGUCAACUCGCGCAUUUUUGUGGGCAACCUCAACACGCACGUGGUCUCCAAGGAGGACGUGGAGCGGCUCUUCAAGCGCUACGGACGCAUCAUCGGCAUCUCUAUGCACAAGGGCUACGCCUUCGUCCAGUACACUGACACUUACGACGCGCGCAACGCGGUGCUUGGCGAGGACGGUCGCACCAUAGCCGGCCAGAUCCUCGACGUAAACAUGGUUUCUGAGCCCAAGCCUCACCAAGUUAACCGCAAAAGGCAGAACCUUGCGCCGGAUCCGUUCGCCACCCCCCGGCAGCUGGGCUCCCCGGUGAAGCGCGCUCGCACCGAGCCGCUAGCUUUCCGGCCAGCCAGCGCCAUCGGCGGAAACAAGGGCGUUGCCAAGAAGAAGCUGCACACAUACGCCGAGCCGGACAUCCUCAUCUGCGGCAACUGCCGGGAGGUGUUUCCGGGCCUGCAGAAGCUGCUCGACCACAAGCGCCACCGUUGCCGACUGCGCUUCACCUGCCGCUGCCACGUGGUCGGGCUCUUUCCGGCCGAGUCGCCGCCCGGCAUUCCGUUGCCCGUCUGCGCUCAGUGCCUGGCACGUUGUGGAAGUUGGUGGGAGCUGGCCUGCCACCUUGAAACAACUCAUGGAAUGUCCAUCUACCACCAUCCACUGGAGGCAGCCACGAAUUCGGAGGAGCACGAUCCGAAGAGCUUGCAGUCGGACCAGGCCAUGGCAUCUCCAAACAACGACGGUGGCUGUGAGGAGGCGGCCAGCGUGGCUUCGGACAGCCGCAGCGACGACUGGGCCUCCAUCGUAGUCGAGUGCGCCAACCACGGCUCCAAUGGCGCCCACUCAAGCAGCGACCUCACCGACGAGGGCGUGGACAAAUCCCACGAUGACUCGCCGGCGGGUUCAAGCCACGACACCUUUGAGAAGGGGGUGGACACAACGGACCUCCAGCCUAUCAUUGCCGCCGAGCAAACCUAAGCAGCGGCUAAGCUCGCCUGAUCGACGACGAGAGGAACUCAGGGCCGGCAGCGAGGCAUCUAUGUUUGUUACACUUUGUUUCCACUACAUGAUUCCUUUCCGACAACCCGCAACGUGAAUACAAUACGCCAAUAUAGCUGUGCCAUGUCAACAAUUCAGUUCGACAACACAUACGAUCAGUCAUCCACAAGCUGUACUUCGGGACAUCUCGAGAUUUCAUGCCACGCGCACGCAUUAGGAGUGAUCUGUCGUAGUACUCAUUCCUGUUAUCGUGACGUGUCAAUCGCAUAGCGGUAUUCACUUGCUAAACAUUGUGAAACUGUGUUUUUGUUCAUUUGUUGCUUUUUGUUGUUUUUUUUUUCUCUUUUUUUUUUCUUAUGCACCAGCUUAGGUCCUCAUCUGCAGACAAAGGCGAUAGUUGCGCGAUGUGAUGGCCUUUCGCGGUCUGAACUUUUUUCUUCUCACUUUGUCGUGUUUAUUCCUUUUCAUGCGACAUGAACUGGUGUUUUGUUUAAAGAGUUUUAGUCCCUAGUUACUGUUGCAAACAAGAAUGAGAGGUGCGUAGAGCCAUUAUCCGCCAGUCCUCGAACUGCGCCACGGACUUGAUGCACUAUGGUUCAUUCAGUGCUUCCGGUCGUUAUUGCUGCUAAAUGCAGCUACUAAAAUCUUGAGGACAAAAAUAGGAAGCCUGCAGGAAGGUUGUUUUCGCAGGAAUAUAACCAUGUUAGCAUCCCUACAAAGGAUUCAAAGCAACGACCCCAAAAUGCGCUGUCUGCGAUACACAGUACCUUUCAUUCUCCUGCAAUCUGCGGUUUCCGUUUUCUUUUGUGGCCGUAGGGUGGGCUACGUCACAGCACAUGUGUAUGGCACAAAUAACUUUCUAAAUAAGAAAGUUUUGCAUUGCCGGUGCUUCCUGAGUUAUGAGACUAAAUGUCAAAAAAGUUGCGAAACGUUGCAUCGGUGUCAAAUACGCUAGCUGAAGGUUUCUUUAAACCAUUCCACCCGGCUUGGAAUAAUGGAUGCAGCUUUAGGGUUGCAAUAUGAGCGCACAGUGAAAUGCCUCGUGAAACGGAAGCAUGCAUAGAAGGGAACGGACGCAUAGAAACUAUCGCAUGAGUUUCUAGAUAGAAAAUACGGGACAUGGGCGGCGGUGGGGUGCAACGUCGAGAUGUUGCUUAGUUCCCGUGCCUCGCCUAAACACCAUAGAAGAGCACGCCGUACUGCUCGAUCAUUCCGAAAUGCUCCGAGGUGAAUCUUCAAGCAUGACCCGGAUGUAUCAUAAGGCAUAUUGUUAUGAAUAAGCGACUAUGGUCGAGGCAAAAGUUAGUUCUCCCUGCAUGCCGUUGUUUCCGUUUCCAUUCCACCUGUGCUGGCACAUGUAGACGUUGCUGUUAAAAUAUCGUCAGUUUUGAGCCUGUAGUUGUAACAAAAGAGGGUCACUUGUUCGAAACUAUCGAGGACUUCUGGGCUGUUGGUCUGCUCGUGUCGGAAGAACCCUUGAUGUAGAUCUACAAGCACGAAGAGCUUACAAACGCGGAGGAAUUAUUUUUAUCAAAAACUGACUCGCGCUGAAGAAGCUCUGGCCACGAGUCAAGUCUCGACUUUGCAGAUGCCCAACUGGGUCGUCAGAGUGCAAAGGAAUGCAUCUUGACUGCUUCAUUAGAUGAACAUGCACCGACUUACGUUUUAUAAGGUGCUGCUUAAGUAAAAAUUGAGGCCGCGUGGUUGAAGUCGGUCUUUCCUUCUUUCUCCCAGGCCCACGUACGAGCCCAAACUCAUGCUUCACCUAACCGUUUCUUUUCAUUCCCCAUUAUCUUCAGCCCAGGAAAGCGAAGUGUGAGUGCUCUCCUUGUAUGACGUCAGAAAAUGACGUGCUGAUGACAGUUUUGACAGUUUGAACGACAACGCGUGCGACCUGAUCGCUGUUGGGUUUUCGCUGCCGGACAGCUGGGUGCAGAACUAUUCGAAGUUUGUCUGGAUGAGUCGCUUUUCUUUCUUUUGCUGCGUUGCUGCUGAAUCUCCUAAACACGCGCUUGUAAAGCUGGCGAACUUAUUGGUAGCGGUGAAAUAAAUAAAUCUUAGGUUAAAAUCCUGAAAGGUAACUUUUCUUUGAUUUGGUUGGCAGUGGAAACUAGACCUGCAGUUAGCAAUGAUGCGUUGACUUUUAGAGGACCCUCUUGCUAACAAGAAAAUAUUCAGGUAAGACAAUGCCAGCUAUGCAUAUUUCAAAUAAAAUACACGUGUUUCCUUUCAACAUGUCCAAAAGGAGAUGUUGGAAACCAUAGGCGAAGCCGACUACUUCUUUUCCAUAAGUUUUUUUUUACGUUUUUAUGUGAACAAGUAUAGUAAAUGCCGCCUUUCUCUGUCAGCCAGCACUAUAGCGCCACCUAACUUUAGUACCGACCAAAGCUGCUGCGUUUUGGUUUGUUAUGCAACUUAUUGUUCCAGUGGUUAUCACGCUACAUUUUCGUAUACGAGGACAACAAGCUGUAAGGACGGCAUCCGUGCAGCCUAAUGUAGCCUUUGUUUAUUCUCUAUCACAACAAAACAUAUCACCGAUGCUUUCGUUAAAAUAAUUAAAUAAAAGACGGAGGCUUAUGCUGCACACAUUGAAAUGACCUGACAAUUUAAAAUUUGCUGUCAGUUUUGAUAAGUUAUGUGCUUAUAAACAAGGUGUUUCAUCCUGAGGUGACCUCGGCGUGUGUUUCGCGCCUCUGUACGCGCGCAGUUUCUGAUGCGAUAUUGGUGUCAGAAAGUCUGGUAUAUUAUUUUACAUCUGGGUAAAACACGUGCCUGUCGAAAUAUAUUUUCAUACUGGGACAAUACAUUUCUGCUUACUCACAGUUUUAUUUUAUUGUUAUCAUGUCAGUCCUGAAAGAAAAUAACACUAUAUUUUGAGGAACUUAAGAUACAAAAUUUCGAGCUCCACCUCUUGUGAAUACCAUUGGAUCCUUCAGGUAAGAGCCGAUAUAUUGUCAG